AUGGCGGGCCUGAUCAACCUUUUCCCUCAAUAUUACCAGCAGACCCUCGACAAGAUCAUAUCCAUUCAGUCGGCAAUGCUAGACCUUAAAGUUCCAAAUAUAUCACUUGAUCUGGCUGGCAUUGUUUCGCUGGCCGAUCUAUCCACAAUCGCCCAUCGAACGGCACUUACAGGCGAUGCAACCUUGCUCGAUGCCUUCAUCCUUUGUCCGGGCCUUCAUCUGCAGCAACGCGCCACAGAGGUCCAUGGCAAUGAGUAUCCAGCCGUGGCUGCCAUGACCACUGGGUAUGCCUUUCGCGUAGAGAACCCGGCAACAGUGUACUAUCUUCAGCAGGUCGGUCGAACAGGACAAUUGACUACGCUGUCAGUUACUAGUAUUAAAAAUCGCACGCGAGCUCAGCGUGGCAUGGCAAAACUAUUCUCUGGAUACACGGCAAAUCCGAUGGUUGUCAUACCAUAUUUCCUUGCUGUGGGCGGUACGUUGACGACACUCGUCUUGCUCAUCCUUACCGAGGAUGUAUGGGGACUUGUCGUCAUUCUUCUCCUAAUGCUAAGCCGCCUCAUUCAUAUCUUCCUCAUCCGAAACCGAAAUCAUGAAGGCUGGAAGGGCGCCAAAGAGCCCGGUGUGAAUGGUGAUCUCCUCGUUCUGCUCAGUCAAGACCGCUGGGUCCGAAUCCGGGGACGGGUGGAUGACCUCAAAGCUGUCACUUCUGGAAAUUGGCUGCGUGAAAUGAAUGCAGUUGAGAGUGCCUUGGCUGGAUUUGCAACGAUUCUCGUCUAUUUCACCGCUGCCCUGGCUAGCAAUGCCAAACAGACAGGCAAGAUAUUGCUUACGAUUCUGUUAAUCUCAUCUGCAGGCUUGCUGGGGGUGGUGAAUAUGUCAACAAGAGUCAUGCAAAUGCAUGGGAAUAUCAUCAAGGUCGAUGGUCCUCGCAAGGAGUAUACUCGACGUCUUGAUCUGGCAAAGGAAUUGGUCAAGGAGAGUGGCCGGACGGAUUGGGCUCUACGAUUGGGGAUGAUUAACACCGCUUCCCAGGUUCAAGAUGUUCAGCCGGAUGAAAAAGCCAUGGAGGCUUCUGAAGUGAUCAUGUAA